UGUUGAAGCUGAGGAGGAUCACGUGGGACCACGUUUGGCACCUGUGGGAUGCGCGGAACUUAUUCAUAUGACUGUAUUUUAGGUCCAGAGUUUUUUCUGUACGGAUGCGUAUCGUGGACCUACCUUUGCAACAUAAUAACCCCUCAAGGUAGAACAUGGACUUUGCAAAAGAACAUCUCAAGAAGCUUGGUUGGCAGGAGGGAGAUGGUUUGGGCAAACGGCGGCAUGGGAUGGCUGAGGCUUUAAAGCCCAAGUUGAAGUUUGAUACCUCUGGAGUUGGCCAUGACCCAGCCAAAGAGUUUACACACUGUUGGUGGAGUGAGGCAUACAAUAAUGUCGCUAAAAACAUUUCAGUCACAGAAGUGACAGAUGGCUGUGAAUUAGUGGCAAAACCCAGGAAGAAAAAAAAGAAAGCAAAGAUGUCUUGCCCCACAUAUCAAAACUUUGUCGCCGGUGGCGUACUGAAUGGGGACCACUCGACAGAAGAUGGCGCCCCAGUCGAUAAUGUCGCGAUAAAGAAUGAUGAUGAGUCCGUGAGCGUGCAGACGAGUGACGAGCAGCUGUUGGCCGCGUGCGGCGGAAGGACGGCGCACAAGGGCGCUCGGCACGGGCACAAGAUGGACGGCAAGCUCGCCCGCAUACUCGCCCAGGAGGCCAAGCUUCUGGCAAGUGUCGCUGGCGCGCUGGAUAGCGCAGAACCCACCGGCGUUCCAGAGAAGAAGAAGAAAAGGAAGAGAAGUGAUGUGUCAGAAGUAAAAUCAGCGGAACUGGAUGGGGACCUCGACGACCCCGGAAGCGAUGACGAUGCUCCCAAGGUCAAGAAAAGGGGGAAACAGAAGCAUCGCGAUCGGGGCUCGGAGCAAGCGGGUGCCGAUGGCGCACCGCAGAAGAAAAAGCGAAAGCCAAAGCACGGAAGCUGAUAAAUUGUUGUAGGGUAACGUUGUAAUAAUAAUGUCAUGCUGUAACUGGCUUUUAUUUGUUGAGUUCCGAUUCGGUGUA